GGCUACAACUCUAUACAAGCUCCCUAUUCAGAUAAUCGUCUUGAUAUUAUUUUUUAACCUUUUUAAUUUAUUUUAAUACCUUUUUGGUGAACAAAGGACUUCUGUCAAACAAGUUUCCAACAUCUCUCUUAAAAAUGAGUAAUCGUGGCAGAAGCAGGAAGAGGAAAAGAUCCUCACAACAGUCUCGACCAGUUGUUCAACCAAACAGUAGGUACUACUUGCUACGAAGCCAGGAAGGAGACUCCUUACAGCCAGGACCCUCUGUCAGUCAUCACACUGAUCUAGAGCAGCAGUUGAGAGCUGACCCCCUCUUUCUUCUGAGGGGUAAUGUUGUCGUAAGUGAUGAUGAGGACUCAAGACGGUCCAAGAGGUCCAGGCCAAUUGAGUCUUCCAUGCCAACCAAUGGCAGAAUGUCCCCUCAACCAGGGACCUCCAUGUCAACCAAUGGCAGAAGGUCCCCACCACCAGGGACCUUCAUGCUAACCAAUGGCAGAAGGUUCCCACCACCAGGGACCUCCAUGCUAACCAAUGGCAGAAGGUCCCCACAACCAGGGACCUCACGAGACCUCCAUGCCCACUCAGAAUUGCAACAGAGAGCAAGGUCACCAUCUCCACCAAGGGCAGCCAUACCCAUUGCCACUAUUAGUGAUGGUGAAGAUACUGCACUACCAUCCGUGACAAGGGCAAACACACCUCCAAUCAUGAGUGAUGACGUUGAUGAUCAAGUUGAACAUGAGGACGUCAUUUUUGUUGGUGUGCUUCACCCUCCUCAGAUUGAGCUUCGAUUCCACCUGGUGCACCAAUUGGAGAUCAUUUGGGAGACCGACUAUGACCUCCCCAUAAAUGCCACUUAUGACCUUCCCACCAUGAUCUUCAACCCUGAGAACGCAAAUGGACAGAGUGACUGUAGGAUCUGUCUGAGUGAAUAUGUGGAAGGAGAAGAUCUCACGAUUCUGCCCUGCAACCAUAAUUUCCACAGUAGCUGUGUGAAUGAGUGGCUUCAGCAGAGCCCCACCUGCCCCAUGUGCAGAACACAAAUUCAUUAAAGCACCGCACACUAAGGCACUGAGUUUCAGCCAUGCAUGACUACUCUUCAGAAAUUAUUUUAAUAAAACAUCUUACUGUACAUAUUA